CCCUCCAUCAAUUGCACAGGACCCCGCAAUGAAAGAACAAGAAACGGGACCAGGAGCAAGAGGGGCACGCCACGCAUCACCGACGGCAUCCCCCCUUCUUUCCCGUCGGGUUUUCAUAGCAAACCCUUCGACCUAUUCCUUUACACUUUAUACAUGAUGGCCGAGACGCAGCGACAGGAGAUCGUAACCGAACCCCAGAGUCGUCGUGUCACUUACUGCGGCGUGUGCAGCCUUCCCCCAGAGUAUUGCGAAUAUGGCGGUACGGUGAAAAAGUGCCAGGACUGGCUUCAAAAGAACGAGCCCGCCCUCUAUGACACCAUCUGGUCACCAGAAGCCCUAGAGGCCGCAACGGCCUCUCUCUCCGUUGAAGCCCAGAAGCGCGCCGCCAAAGACGCGCAGAAGAAAGCCGCCAAGGCGCAAGCCGCAGAGGCCAAGCAAGCCGACAAGCUGGCCAACAGCCAUAUCGUCAUCAAGAGGAUCGAGCGCAACAAGAAGAAAUUCGUCACCGCCGUCAUCGGCCUCGAGGCCUUCGGUCUGGAAUUGAAGAAAGUCGCCAAGGACCUCGGAAAGAAGUUCGCGACAGGGUCUUCCGUGACCAAAACCCCCAGCGGCGGGGAGGAGAUCGUCGUGCAGGGCGACGUCAGCGACGAAAUUGAAGAGUUCUUGUUGGAGAAGUACAAGGAGAUACCCGAGGACAAUAUCGAGUUGGUGGACGACAAGAAGAAGAAGAAGGCGGCGGCGGCGGCGGCGGGGGCGGCAGGUUGAUUGAAAUCACAAUCUCGCCUGGGGGAAAUAUGGGGAAAUGGUGACGACUGCAGGGGCCUCGCCCAACGAAUCGCUACCAUCUAGAAUUGGUUCCAUUCGGCCUUGUAUAUCCCGAGAGAAGCUCCCGCGGACAAAAUCUGUCAUGUCACAUUUCCGUGCCUC